GCGGGAGAUCACUGAGCCCGGAACGUAAAAACAAGAGCGCCGAGCAGGUUAGAGCGGCUGAUGGAGGUGUUGGAACCGUGUCAAGAUCGACGUGAGACACUUGCUUCAUCGCCUCCAGUACGACGCGAGGGCAGCUCUAGAAACUAUGGACCCGCCGCCUCCGCCGUUCGGGUCCUCGCCACAGCCACAGUCGCCGCCGCUGUCGCAGGUCCCUGAGCACCUGCUGAUGGCUGUCAACAGCAUCACGAGCGCCGCCUCUGGCCUGGCCGCGUCUGGCGUCAACAGCAACACAACCAGCACCCCCUCCACCCCUCUUAGCAAUAACGGGGGCGGCGGCGGGGGCAGCAGCACCCCACUUGCCCACGGAGGCACAGUGACGCCCCCCGCGCACACACCCACCAGCUGUUCUUCGCAGCAUCCACACCCACACCAGCAACAACAACAACAGCAACAUCAACAGCAACAACAACAGCAGCAGCAACAGCAACAACAACAGCAGCAACAACAACAGCAACAACAGCAACAACAGCAGCAGCAACAACAGCAGCAGCAGCAACAACAACAGCAACAACAACAGCAACAACAACAACAACAACAACAACAACAACAGCAGCAGCAGCAACAGCAACAACAACAACAACAGCAGCAGCAGCAACAGCAACAACAGCAACAGCAGCAACAACAGCAGCAGCAACAGCAGCCACAUCUUGGUUGUCAUAACGGCGGCGGAAGCAACACCUGUGGCCUCAACAGUAACUGCCAGGCCCCCCACACCCCCACCUCCACGGCCAACACUCCAGGGUUCAGCGAGUCGCCUUUCUCGACUGCCAACGGUCUGUUCCCGCGAAAGAGUCCGCCGAUCACCGCCCAGACCCCCAACCACAUGACGAGCCACGUGACGUCACUUCCGUCAUCUAUCGGCCGCCUCACCCUCGGCCUGGCGAGUCACUACGCCCCUUCACCCAUACCUGAGCAAGACGAGAUCCAGUCCCCCGUCAGCUCCGCAGGCGGGGUGUCUCCGCCCCCCUCGCCUCCAACAGCCAUCUCGCCCGCCCCCACCAUGGCCCCGGGACACGGCGCCUCUAGCCCGGGCUCCGGCCUGGCCAGCCUCCACCAUGCCAUCCACGGCCUCCACAACCUCCACAGCCUCCACAACCUGCAGAACUUCCACAACCUCCAGCAGAACCUCCAGACCCAGAUGGCCGCGCUAGCCGGCCUGCAAGGCGGCCUUGGCGUGCCCUCCGUUGGCUCCCUGUUGCACCCACACCUGGCCCAGCAACACCCUGCAGCGGCGGCGGCGGCGGCGGCAGCAACAGCGGCGGCGGCGGCGACAGCAGCCGCAGCGCCCCCUCCCCCUGGCGGCAUCAACAACAACGCGGCGGCCAACAAUGCCGCCAACGUGCCCCAGAUGGUGCUCACCUCCGGCCACGUGACCCAGGGCGUGCAGGGCGCCCAGCUCCUCGUGCCCACCUCGCAGGGCAUCGCGGUCCAGCCCAUCCUGACCAUCCCCCUCGGACAGGCCGGCGGCGUGGGCGGUGUUGGCGGUGUAGGCGGCGUGGGCGGCUCCUCGCUAGUUAACCCCCUCGUGCCCCUCCACCACCUGCACCAGCCCGGGCCUCACCCCCAGCAGCCAGGCUCCACUAACACGUCGCCGCUCCCCACCACCUCUGCCCCCAUCUCGUCUUCGUCCUCGUCCUCGUCCUCCACCGGGGCCGCACCUCACCCCCUCUUGGGUCUCGCCGGCCUCCCGCCCUCCCUCUUCCACGCUCACCAAAUCCACAACAAUAACAACAAUAAUAGUAAUAACAACAACAACAAUAAUAACAACACCUUGGUCAACGAGAAGCCCAAAUUACCGCUGCCACUCUCCUCCCCUGUCACCGCCGACCCCGUGGGAGGCUUGGGCGGGAGAUUGGGCGGCCACUACCCCGCCCCGCCGCCGCCGCCCUCCGCCCGCUACUCGCCUGACUUCCUUGAUAACCACAUCCUGCUGCCCCACGUUGGCUGUGGCGCUAACAGGCCCCCUCGCUCCCCCACAGACCAGCCCACCAUCAGUCAGUCGACGGGCAACCUCGUGGACGGCGUCAACCUGGACGAGAUUAAGGAGUUCGCCAAAGCCUUCAAGAUCCGCAGACUGUCCAUGGGCCUGACUCAGACUCAGGUGGGGCAGGCCCUGAGCAUCACCGAAGGCCCCGCCUACUCCCAGUCAGCCAUCUGCAGGUUUGAAAAACUAGACAUCACUCCAAAAAGUGCUCAAAAGAUCAAGCCAGUUCUAGAGCGAUGGAUGCAGGAAGCGGAGGACAGGUACAAAAACGGCCAGCACACCUUGACGGAGUUCAUGGGCAACGAACCCACCAAGAAGAGGAAGCGACGCACCAGCUUCACCCCGCAGGCCCUCGAGGUGCUCAACUCACAUUUCGAGAGGAACACCCACCCAUCAGGCGCCGAGAUCACGGCCUUGGCAGAGCAGCUGGGCUACGAGCGGGAGGUGGUCAGGAUCUGGUUCUGCAACAAGCGGCAGGCGCUCAAAAACACCGUCCGCAUGAUGGCCAAGACCAGCCCCAGCGCCCCCCCUCCGCCUCCCCCAACCCAUCCGAGCAUCAACUAGGCCCCGACCACCUUCGCUCCCCAUCGCCGGGCGUCUGUGAGCCUUGAUGCCCCUCUGUUGCAAUACCCAGAGUCAAUAAUGCUACCGCCCAGCUCACCCCUGGUGCCAUGUGAUCUGCUGGCUGCUCAACGCGUUUGGCAACAGUGUGAGACGCUGUGACGGCCGAGGAGCGGCGGGCAGGUGGCCGGGGCUGUACAUAGACGAGGGAGAGAAGUUCAGUUUGCCCUCUCGACGGCGAGUGAUCCUCCUUUAUGAUUAAACUGAAAGAAAACCUUAGAGAUAAUGUAGGUAAUGAAGGCACUGAAGACUGAUCAUGGUCCAGCGCCGCUCACUUGCCCUGCUUCCAGAACACUGCGCUAACCUACCAGUGACGCUGCUGGUUGAUGCAUGUAUACUAUGAAUAUAAAAGAACCAUGAGGACAGAUGAUAAAUAAAUAAUAUUAGACCGAAAAUGUAGGUGGAUACUGUUCCUCUUGGAAAUAUCAUAAUCCGUGGCAAUACCCGUAAUUGGUUACCUGCAAGAUUUGGAAAGCACGACCCCCCCAGUUCCUGUGGAUAAAACGUCAAGUCUCGCACACUGUGUUGGCGUGCUAAGAGGUGUGUGCCUCCUCGCGUGGCCCGGCGCACCCCGCCUCCCGCCACCAACAGCCAAUUCUAAGUUCCUGGAAAAUAGAAUAGAUGACCAUUCAGUAACUUUAUCCAUUUACAAAUACUACAUAUAUUAUGUACAUAAAUGCAUGUAUGUAUUAUGUAUAUGUUUGUAUACAUAUAUACAUAUGAGAUGCAUCUUCAUAUGAACAAAGGCAUAUUCUGAUAAAUACAUAUGCAUCCUUAAUGAGGUUCCUGGAGAAGUGCCGAACAGAUGUGUUAGCUCUGUUCCAGUGUCGCUACACCUCUCCUCCCCGAGGCAGCCACUAGCCAGUGUUCCUAUGGAGGCCGAGCAGAGGUGCUUCACCACCGCCAGCACACAGUCUGCGCCUCAGUGGAUCCAGCGGUGCAGUGCAGUUUACACGCGCUCGUCGCAAUGUUCGUCUCUAGUGAGUCCAGCAGGCGCAGCGCGGGGAGAUGCUGGCGGCCCCGGUGUGGUGUGUGCACCCCACCAGCGCCUCCGCCGAAGGCACUGCACCGCCCUGGCUCACGGUGCGAUAAAUAAACUUAAGGUGAAUAUAAUACAAACUUGGUUAUGCUUCAAAGUGUAACUAAUGUAGUGUUGCACCUUGUGUGUAAAAAUAUUGACACAAUGUGUUACUUGUAAGAAACUUUGUUCGUCUUAAAAAGAAUUAAUCCUUGUCGUUACUAUUCAUUAAGCUUUUGAAAUACUCGCUGUAUCCAUGAACUAGUGAUCAGCAGCCGCGCGGAGUGAAGGAGUCUGCCGGAGCAGCCCUGCCCAGUCAUAUCAAUCUAGUGUUUCCGCCACUCCACUCCUGGCUGUCUGUGCUGUUUGUUUGUGUGUCAUGUACCGUAGAGGGAAUCCAGCCGCUGAUCCUGCUUCUGCUGCCCACUGUUGCCGGAACAGUGUUCAGCCUCUCGUGUGCCAUCCUAUGUCAAGUAGAGAAUAGCUCUGUCUCACUGCAGCAGUGGCUAGUGACGUGACGUGAGUGUGCUACGGAACACAGUGGAGCGACGCCAGCACCAAGGCCUGCCACUUCGGAGCAGCCUUAGCACGCAUCGUGUCUGAAGAAAAGGGGUUAGGACAACGCUGUCCACCAAAGCUAUGCGGUGUCUGGGUGUGUUAAGACGAGAAAACAAGCACAAUGAUGGCCCCGCGGCCUACCCGGGCUGGCCACAAGCCCAUCCACCCCAUGUCAGACACAGGGCUGUUCUGGAGGAUACAAGCUCCAUAGGAUUCCAUAGUUACCCCAAACCCUUCACUUAGCCAGUUGUUACGCAGGGCGAGCAGGAGGAUGGACCGGUACACAGUUGUUUGUCACAGUUAGCGCAUGUUGAUAUUCGUUACAUAAGUUUAGACCAAACAAAUGUUGAACUUGUCAUAUCAGUUCUUUCAGCUCACUUGGUAUUAUUAUACACCAGGAUUAUUAUGUUUACUUUGUUUUUAUCAUGGAAUUUUAUUCACAAUAGUAUUAUUUCUCAGAAAACAAUUUAUAUUUAUUCCAAUUUACGUUUUUGUAUUGUUUUAGAUAUUUAUACAUUAUAUAGUUCAUUAGACUUCAAUAAUGUAUGUACACAACCCCCAACUCCACAAAUAAUCAACAUUGUUUGCUACUCGAACCUGUAGAUAGAAUAUAAUGUACAUUGAUUUCAUUAAUCAAGUUAAACAUAAGCUAGUCACUAUUGUGUUUUGCUUUUCAAGUUACGUCAAUUUGUUGACACUUGUCACACGAAAGGUACCUACAGGAACUGCAAAAUAUAUGCUUUAUUAAAGAAAUAUGCAGCUUUAUCCAGAGCUUUAAGAGCUGAUGGAGCUGCUGUAAUUUAAGAAGGUUUGCAAUCACGAGUUGUAGCAUCUGAAGAGCGCUUCAGAGUGGUGGUGAGGAAACUUAUGUUUACCUGUAAGUUGGUUCUCUGUCCUUCAUACAAAACAAAGUUAUAGUUUGGAGCCCGUGCCCCUCAACAUUGAGACUGGAUCCUUGUUUUGACCUGCCCCGCGCCCAGUGUCCAGCACAAGGAGCUGCCGCCCUAGCGUAUAGCCUGACCUGUUCAACAAUGCUCACAUAGUUCCCAGUAUCAGAAAUAGGCUUCAGGAUACCUAUUCAAACUCUUCGAUUUUAUGUUUGUAUUCUGUGAUAUUUAUUUUGUGCCAAUCGUUAAAGUGGUGAGGUGAUGUGUGCCGCUUUGGACCGUUUUAACAUAUUCCAGCCUGGUAGCUGCUUGUGUGUUUACUGUAACUUUAGACGAGGAGGAGGUCUUUGUGGUCUCCUUAUGCAUCUAAUACUGUACAGUUGAUGUAUGUAUGUAUUUCCUUUAAUGUCCAAGACAAAGCUGCAUUUGCUAAUCAAAAAUGAAGCUAGUUUUCCCCUAUGACACGGCCACCGCGCAUGGCGAGUCGAGUAACGGCAUCAGAUUCACCUGGGUCACGAUCCCCGGGCCGGCCACUUGUGAUGUGAAGACUAGCAGUGCGCUGAAAAUAGAAUACAGAUCACCACGUAUAAGUUGCAGACCCACAAGACAGUGCUGGCCGCCCGCGCCCUGCCCUCCCGCGCGACGCCCGGCCGACGCCCGGCGGAAAGUCGGCGGUGCUUGGCGGUGGGUCGGCAGCCUCGCGCCCCUCAGAGUUGCUGCUGCUGCUGCUGCUGCUGUCACGGCCAGACUAAUAUAUAGCUCUCCUGAAUUCUUCCAAAGAUAAUGUUCCUAAAUAAUAGAUUUGGAAGGAUUUGUUUAGCAUUUUAAUGAAUAAUUAGCUUGCUAAUAUAAGAGUUUUAACAUGAACUUCCUUUCUUUUUUCGACUUAGCAGAAGUGUGCUGUGAUUGAUGUACAUUGCCUUAGAACUAAUCCUAAUAUUUACCACACACCUAGCCGAUCCUGCCAACCAUCCUAUUGAUUACUAACUGUAAGACUCAACAACCGCUUCCGUGACCCCCGCACAGCAGCACCGCCACCCGCGGGCCGCGAGGCUCCCCGCCGACCCCCGCCGAAUGUUGGAUGCUUAGUCAAGUUCCGGUCUAGAACUCAUCGAAAUAAAACAUGUAUUUAUUGAUUGAUACGAGUCAAAAUCAAUACAUUGGCUGCGUAUAUUAGUGUGUUCACUUAGAUUGAAACCAUAAACUAUGAGAUGCAAAGUUUGGCUCCGAGGCGUGUGUGCGUGAGGCAGACGACAGGACUCGUGCGUGUAGCAGUGUUCGCGGCGUGAGCGAGGAACGGAGGCCGGUGCGGGUGCGCGGGCCCAGGCCAGCACCUCGUGGACACUAUAAUUUCGUUUAUUUUCAUCUUAUUGACAUAAAGAAUCACUGAAUUAACCUGUUAAGGAAGAAGUGGCUUCGCUUCAUUUAUAUGGAAGUUCAAAACUUCCACAGAUUGUACAAAUAUUUCUAAGGUUAACAGAAUAUCUUUACACUCCAGUUCCGCUGAGGCUACACCAGUGACCCUCGACCCCUGAGCUAAAAGUUUCCUUCUCAGGCGUGUCAGAACCGCGGCGCAGCCAAAAGCGGCCCCCUGAUCGCCGUGCCCGCGUGGCGAUCCUCACGCUGAACUGGACAACAAAAUACUCACGGUUUCCACAUCACUGAGACUUGCUUCGUUCGUGUUUGUCCUCACCACCUUACCUGACCUCAUCCUCGCCGAUGGGGGGAGGGCGGCCAGGCCCUGCCACCUCUGACUUAUUUUCGACUUUUUUCGUCCUUUCAUCCUCCUGUGCUCACAUUCGGUUCAAAAAGGAAUAUUUAGAAUUUAUUUUCUAAGGAUUUGCCUGGUCGACUGCCAGCCCUCUCAUUCAUUCUAAGACAAUAAUAUAAAUAAAGUUAUUAUUAUUUCACAUCUUGCAACCUGGACAAUAACAUUUAUUUUUUAUUGUCUGUCUGAGUGUUCUAUGUAGAGAAAACAGUCGCAUUUGUGAGUAUGAUAUGACCAGUUCCUAACAUCACAAAGUUAAGUGCCCAUCAGAUCUGCUUUGGACAUCCCCAGAAUCUGACCCGGUCGUUCCUUAAACAAGUGUUCUUUUUAAGUCUAUGUGGGUGCUUCACCUAACAAAUGCAGUGUUGGACCAUUAUGUUGCUGCGAGUGUGAUACGUUCCACAAAGAUGUAAAGGAUAGCCUAUCCGAAUAGGAUCUCACAUGGGCACUAUAAAAACAACUUCUUAUGAAAAUGUGUGUCUGUACUCUUCCAGUUUCAGAUUUGCGUAAUAAAACAUCGACUCCUUUC